AUGCACUGGAAACUGGAUACGCAGUCCAAAAUCAAGUCGAGCAACAGAGCCAAAGUUCCACCAUGGUUUCUAAAUCACCCUUCGAAUCUCUAUGCCUAUGAGAGUAUGGACAUUGAGUUUGACUGUGCUGUCUCUGGUAAACCAGUCCCUACUGUGCAAUGGAUCAAGAAUGGAGAAGUUGUCAUUCCUAGUGAUUAUUUUCAAAUAGUGGGUGGCAGCAACCUGCGGAUCCUGGGCUUGGUAAAGUCAGAUGAAGGUUUCUAUCAGUGUGUCGCCGAAAACGAUGCUGGGAAUGCACAAACCAGCGCACAGCUAAUCAUCCCCGAGCCCGCUAUCCCAAGCUCCAGUGUCCUCCCCUCUGCUCCCCGCGAUGUGGUCCCUGUUUUGGUCUCCAGUCGGUUUGUUCGUCUCAGCUGGCGCCCACCCACAGAAGCGAAAGGGAACAUUCAGACCUACACCGUCUACUUCUCCAGAGACAGUGUGAACAGGGAGCGAGCUCUGAACACAUCACAGCCUGGGAUGCUUCAGCUUACGGUGGGGAACCUAAAACCAGAAGAGACUUACACAUUCCGAGUGGUAGCUUACAAUGAAUGGGGGCCAGGAGAAAGCUCACAGCCUGUCAAAGUGGCAACACAACCUGAAUUGCAAAUCCCAGGACCGGUGGAAAACCUGCGGGCCGUAUCUACCUCACCUACCUCAAUCCUUAUCACAUGGGAACCACCUGCCUAUGCAAAUGGCCCAGUGGAAGGCUAUAGAUUGUACUGUACUGAAGUCGCUACUGGGAAAGAACAGAAUAUAGAAGUGAAUGGCUUAUCAUACAAGCUGGAAGGGCUAAAGAAAUUCACUGAAUACACCAUACGAUUUCUGGCCUACAACCGUUAUGGACCUGGAGUAUCGUCUGAAGAUCUGACAGUCAGGACGCUUUCAGAUGUGCCAAGUGCUAUGCCUCAGAACAUCUCCUUGGAGGUGGUGAACUCAAAGAGCAUCAAAGUUAGCUGGUUGCCACCACCCCCGGGCAUGCAAAAUGGAUUUAUAACGGGCUACAAAAUCCGACACAGAAAGACUACACGUAGAGGGGACGUGGAAACAUUGGAACCCAACAACCUCUGGUACUUGUUCACAGGUCUCGACAAAGGAAGCCAGUACAGUUUCCAAGUCGCAGCCAUGACAGCCAACGGGACGGGACCCUCCUCGGACUGGUACAGUGCUGAAACGCCAGAGAGCGAUCUGGACGAAUCUCAAGUUCCUGAUCAGCCAAGCUCUCUUCACGUCAGGCCUUUGUCAACCAGCAUUGUCAUGAGCUGGACGCCGCCGCUGAACCCCAACAUCAUCGUUCGCGGGUACAUAAUUGGCUACGGAGUGGGCAGCCCCUAUGCUGAGACGGUGCGCGUGGACAGCAAGCAGCGGUACUAUUCGAUCGAGCAUUUGGAACCGAGUUCCCACUAUGUCAUAUCUUUGAAAGCUUUUAACAACGCUGGGGAGGGAGUCCCUCUCUAUGAGAGUGCCACCACCAGAUCUCUGACAGUCCCAGAUAUCUCCACCCCCAUGCUCCCACCAGUAGGUGUCCAGGCUGUUGCAUUAACCCAUGAUGCCGUGAGAGUCAGCUGGGCGGACAACUCUGUCCCGAAGAAUUCGAAGAUGACCGAAGUCCGGUUCUACACGGUCCGAUGGAGAACCAGCUAUUCCACGAGCGCUAAGUACAAGUCAGCAGAUACAACAGCCUUGAGCCACACAGUCUCCAGUCUGAAGCCAAACACAAUGUAUGAAUUUUCUGUCAUGGUAACGAAAGGACGAAGGUCAAGCACGUGGAGUAUGACUGCUCAUGCCACUACCUAUGAAGCAGCACCAACCUCUGCUCCCAAGGAUUUGACAGUCAUUACUCGAGAAGGCAAGCCUCGGGCCGUCAUCGUCAGCUGGCAGCCUCCGUUAGAAGCCAACGGCAAGAUUACUGCUUACAUUCUCUUCUACACUUUGGACAAGAAUUCUCCCAUCGAUGACUGGGUAAUGGAGUCCAUCAGCGGUGACCGGCUUACCCAUCAAAUCAUGGAUCUCAAUCUCGACACCGUCUAUUACUUCAGGAUACAAGCCCGUAAUGCCAAAGGAGUGGGUCCUCUCUCAGACCCUAUUCUCUUCCGGACUCUCAAAGUGGAGCAUCCCGACAAAAUGGCUAAUGACCAAGGUCGUCAUGGUGAUGGAGCCUAUUGGCCGGUUGACACAAACUUGAUUGACAGAAGCAGCCUUAAUGAGCCUCCCAUUGGACAGAUGCAUCCUCCCCAUGGAAGCGUGACACCCCAGAAGAACAGCAAUCUCCUCGUCAUUAUCGUGGUCACAGUUGGGGUGGUUACUAUCGUGGUAGUGGUGAUCGUGGCUGUGAUUUGCACGAGGCGUUCAUCGGCUCAGCAGAGGAAAAAACGUGCUACUCACAGUGCUGGCAAAAGGAAGGGCAGCCAGAAAGACCUGAGACCUCCAGAUCUUUGGAUACACCACGAAGAGAUGGAAAUGAAGAAUAUCGAAAAACCCUCUGGUUCUGAUCCCUCAGGAAGAGACUCACCGAUACAGAGCUGUCAAGAACUCACUCCGGGCAGCCACACCCAAUCUGAAACCCAGAUGGGCAGCAAGAGUGCCUCACAGCCUGCUCCAGAUACAGAAGAGGUGGGAAGCAGCAUGUCCACGUUGGAGCGCUCUCUUGCUGCCCGCAGAGCGACCCGUGCCAAGCUCAUGAUCCCAAUGGACUCGCAGCCCAGCAAUACUUCUGUAGUGAGCGCCAUCCCAGUCCCGACGCUAGAAAGCGCUCAGUACCCAGGAAUCCUGCCAUCUCCCACGUGUGGCUACCCACAUCCCCAGUUCACUCUCCGACCGGUGCCGUUCCCGACGCUAUCAGUAGAUCGGACUUUUGGAACGGGAAGAACCGUGAACGAAGCACCAGCCCCUCAGCAGACAACCAUGUUACCACAGACCCAGCCCGAACAUCCCACCAGCGAGGAUGCGCCCAGCAGGACAAUUCCAACCGCAUGUGUCCGACCUACACAUCCGCUCCGCAGUUUUGCCAAUCCCUUGCUACCUCCACCAAUGAGUGCAAUAGAACCGAAAGUCCCUUAUACACCACUUUUAUCUCAAACAGCAUCCAACCUUCCCAAGGCUCAGGUGAAGACAGCAUCCCUCGGACUAGCCGGAAAGGCGAGAUCCCCUCUGCUACCUGUCUCAGUGCCGACAGCUCCAGAAGCCUCAGAAGAGGGUCACAAACAAGCAGAGGAUUCAGCUAACGUGUACGAACAGGAUGAUCUGAGUGAACAAAUGGCUAGUUUGGAGGGGCUAAUGAAGCAGCUGAACGCUAUCACUGGCUCUGCCUUCUGA